AACCGCGCCCACGUCAUCGCCAUCGGCGCUUUCCUCUGGGCCGCCGCCACCUUCCUCGUGGGCUUCUCCUCCACCUUCUUCCAGGUACUCCCCACCUCUCUUUCCAAGGCGCGUGCUACGUUUUCUCGCAUUUAGAUAUUGAAUUAAUAAUCAAUAAUAGGUGGCUGUGUCACGAGGGCUUAAUGGGAUUGGCCUUGCACUCGUUACCCCUGCAAUUCAGUCUCUUGUUGCUGACUCAACUCAUGACAACAAUCGCGGCAUGGCUUUUGGAUGGCUUCAACUCACCGGCAACAUUGGUGCCAUUCUUGGUGGCUUCUUCUCCAUGUUGAUUGCUCCCUUAACCAUCAUGGGCAUCCCUGGUUGGAGAAUUUCCUUCCAUCUAGUUGGAUUCAUUAGUGUUCUAGUUGGUGUGCUAGUUUUCCUUUUCGCCAAGGAUCCACACUUCUCGGAUAAUGGUAGCCGUGAACUUGAACUUGAACUUGAAGUUUCUGCGAAAAUGCGCCGGAAAGACGCUGCCGGUAGAACAUUCUGGUCGGAAGUGAAAAAUUUAUUUCAGGAAGCCAAGUCGGUUUCCAAGAUUUUGUCUUUUCAGAUCAUUGUUGCGCAGGGUGUCACCGGUUCAUUUCCCUGGUCAGCUUUGUCAUUUUCACCAAUGUGGCUUGAGCUUAGUGGAUUUUCCCACCAGAAAACUGCAUUUCUCAUAGGUUUGUUUGUGGUUUCUUCAUCCAUUGGGGGUUUGUUUGGAGGCAAGAUGGGGGACAUACUUUCGAAACGGCUUCCAAACUCUGGAAGGAUAAUUCUGGCACAAAUAAGCUCUGCAUCCGCAAUCCCCCUUGCAGCAAUACUUUUACUGGGGUUGCCACAAAAUCCAUCUACUAUUAUACCUCAUGGUUUGGUUCUGAUCAUUGUGGGGUUCUGCAUAUCUUGGAAUGCUCCAGCUGCAAACAAUCCAAUUUUUGCAGAGAUAGUUCCAGAGAGAUCUCGAACUAGUGUAUAUGCGAUGGAUCGAUCUUUUGAGUCUAUACUAUCAUCCUUUGCUCCUCCUGCGGUGGGGAUUUUGGCUCAACAUGUUUAUGGGUAUAAGCCUAUUCCUAAAGGUGCUACGGUAUCUCAAGAAAUUUUAACAGAUAGAGAGAAUGCUGCAUCACUGGCAAAGGCUUUAUAUACAGCAAUUGGAAUUCCAAUGGCGCUAUGCUGUUUCAUAUACUCGUUUCUCUAUCAUGCUUACCCAAGAGACAGGGAACGUGCUAGGAUGGAGGCUCUAAUAGAAUCGGAGUUGCAGGAAAUUGAAUCACCUAGUUUGCCCUUGGAUAGAGAGUUUGAGAAAGAAGGGUUGACUGGUGAUUUUGAUCAUGAUGGUGAAGGUAACACAUUGCUCCAACGGAGGUUGACAUUUGCCGAUUGGACAAAUAGUUUUCGCAACUCUGCAGCCGGCUGAGGUUGCUAGGUUCAAGAGAGAUUGUAUAUCAGGUUAAAAGAGAUUGUAUAUUUUAGUAUAGGCCUUCCAUAGUUUUCUCUUCCAUAUUUUUAUAUUCUCUUCCUUCCACUUAACUUUGUUGACAAAACUAUGAUGAUUGUGACAUAUAAAUCAAAUGCAAAAUGAAAGUGAAUUAUGAUGGGUAAUCAUAUUUACAUCUAAA